CGGCUGCCCGCGCGGUGGGACUGUUGCGGCGCAGUGAAUUCAGCCAGGCAGCCACCGGCGCCGUUUCUUCGCCCGGUUGGCUCGCUGCGCAGCCUGCGUCCCGUGCGAAUGCCCUUAGUGUCGAAUCGAAGCAGCCGGCGUGGGUCGUCGCGACCUCCCAGCCCCGGUUGCCGUGUCCCGUUGGUUGUGGCCUGGCGCCCUUUCCCAGAUAAGCACUGUCGAGCGCAUCCGCGUGUCAGCUUGUCUGCAUGGAUGGGCGGCCUGUUACCUUGGAGGCUUCCACUACUUACAUCUCACGGCCUGCCGAAGAUGAGGGUGAGAUAUUGUCUCUUGUGAAGCCCCGCGCGCGAGGCCCUUGUUUCAUACAGCAGGC